AUGCCAAUUGGCAAUUCACCAACACUACACGAUCAACCAAACAACGUAUCAUUAACUUACUUAAUCAUCAAUGCAAAUAUUCACUUCACUGAAUCACAAAUCUACAAAAUUCUCAACUUUGCUUCAGACAACCCAUUGCACAACAUAGUUUACAAUCAACUUAUCAAAAUAAUUCACACAGCGGCAGAAGAUUUAUUUUACAGCACGCAAUUAGAUGAUUUGAAAUUAUACCCGUUAACCAAUAUUCAAUACUUAAGUUUUAUGAUUGCCGAUAUGUAUUCUGAAAUUUUCUAUAUUCCUGUUUGGAUAAUUGAUGAACUUGAAAAUGAACAAGCUGAAUCGGUAUUAAUACGUAAGACCACCAAUGAAACCAUUAGCUGGAUACUGAAACGUUGCAGAUACAAUGAGAUGUGGAUCAUUACUUAUUUGUUCAAACAAGAGUUUAUCAAGAUCGUCCAUCAUUAUCAUCAUCAUCAAUAA